UAGGCAAUCCGCCCUCCUUGGCCUCCCAAAGUGCUGGGAUUACAGGCGUGAGCCACCGCGCCCAGCCUGUAAUGUAUGUUUUUCCUGCUAAUUUUGAGUGUCUCAGCCUCUUGCUCCUUGACUUUUGUUCUCUCAGGGGCCGGGGAGCCCAGCUCGGUCUUAGCCUCGCUGGUGUCAGGUCCCGGGUUCUGUCUGGUGGCUCUGCUUCCUAUGCGGAGCUGACAGUUUAGUAUCAGCACGUUUGCCAGCAGUGCCCACUAGGCGUUUGCUCAGUUGCUGCUCCCAACGUGACGUUUCCUGCUCGCAGGGUCCUUAUGUUUUCAGUGCUGUCACUUUCUCGGUCCUAGAACAGCUAGUAUCUCCUAGGAACUUCCUGAACUCCGUUUUGCGGUGAAGAACAGUGAUUGCACCGAGCUGCUGUAUGCACUAGUAAUUCCGUGGUACCGUUAGCCGGCGCUUUUUCUGUCGCAACACAUUAAAACCGGUUAAAAGACCUUAAACUGAUUAAACACAUUAAACGGAUUAAAACACAUUAAAAUGCUACAACACAUUUUUCUGUCACAACAUAUUUAAACAGAGUGGGUUAAUUCCUCCAAACACCACUCCUUUCUUAGAGCACGCUGUUUCUCUCUAGCAGCACCACUUUUGGGGUCUAAACAGAUGUUUGGCAAUACAGGCGCUAUCCGCUAGGUGCAGGCGCUUGCCAAGUUCAACGCGCCAGUUUCUCGUUAGCAAGGUCGUUGGCAGGGCAGAGCCCUAGCGGACAGUUUUCCGGGGCUCAUUUUCGGAAAGAGAUAGUUCUUGGCCCUUGAAGGCUCUUUUAUACCUGCGUUCCGCAGUGAUAGUUCUCUGCAAGGUUUGCUUAGUGUUCGUUUCAUUUCGGUUUCUUUUCUUGCUGUUUUUCUGUCGGAAUUACGGUUUGUUUUGGUUCUAUGUACUCUCUAAAAUUUUUAUUGUUUUUCAUAUGUCUACUAAUUUUCGUGCAUUUGUUACUAUUGAGUUUCUUAAUAUCUGGCUGGCCUCCGCCCACGGGCUCUGGAGAGCAUAAAUACCUAGAGUGAUGGUAGUGCACAAUGCACUCCUUGAUCAGCGCAAACAUUUGUUUCCUCCUGGUCUGAGGCUUAAGCGAUGGAGCAACAUUUUCUUGGCUUUGUGAAGCCUGUUUCGGAUUCCGCAGAGGUGGAGCCAGAGCCCCAGCUUCCGCCUAUUGUGAGUUCAGAAGAUUGUGGGCCGUGGUCUCUUCCUAUGUAUCCAGUACUACGAGAGUACUCAUUGGACAGCUGUGAUUUGGGACUGCUUUCUGGUCCUUGCUGGCGGCUACCUGGAGUCUACCCGCAAAACGGACUCUUUCCUGGAGUCCAGGGCACCUUAGAACCAAGUACAGCCCAGCCCGCUGAGUUCAGUUGGCCCGGGACACAGAAGCAGCAAGAGGCACCUGUAGAAGAGGUGGAACAGGCAGAGGAACCCGAGAGACUCAUGCUCCAGCAGCUUCCCUUGUGCAGUCCUCCCCACCCCUGGGGCAGACAGCAGGACUCCGAGGUCUCUGACAGCUGGCACCUUUUGGAAUGCCACCAUCCUCCUGUGCUGAAUUGGUGGCGCCACUUCCCGAGUUUCUCAGGCUGCCUGGAGUGGAUUUGUCGCCUUGGUUGUGCCGGGUUCUCUGUACUCUGGGCGUGCUGCCCACAGAUCUGUGGAGCUAAGCAGCCUUAGAUAGCAGCAGAAGACUUUUGGGAUUCUCCUCCAUAAAAAGAUUCUCCGUUACCAAACGUCUCCACCUAGAAAAUAAAAAUGCAUUAAGAUGUG